AUGCCAAUAAUUCUCCUCAGUGAUGAGGCUUCGUGGCUGACUAGUGUGGGUUCUGAAGCUGAAAAGGAGGUCACAGAUGAAUUCAUCAGCAUGCUGUGGUCUCUUAAGGACCCUCAUCAAUACACACUAUAUUCUCUUGCAUUUGUCAGUACUGAAACAGAAAAAACUUUGUUGGCUGGCUGGUUUACCAAAGCAGAGGUCAAGGAGCUUUUUGAUCAAUUUGCUAUGGAUAUGGGCACCAGAUUCGAAUCAGCCAAUAUUUCAGCAGAUAUUUUUGAACUCACUCUUGGCCACAAAGGUCUCAUUGGUGCUUGUGGUUCCUAUAUUCAGCAAACAUAUGAAUAUCAAAACUCUCCCAUUAUAACAGCUGAUGACUGGAAGAAGACUACUAUUAUUGGUCUACAGAAAUAUAUUUGUGAAAUGCCACAUUAUAACUUAAUCAUGCAAUCUCUGGGCUCCCUUUCACCAGAAUGCACAUCUAUUCUUAAUAAGGUUCUUUGUUAUGGCACUAAGGAAGUUGAACUA